AUGCUUCAGCUUCGUUUUGUUAGAUUCGAUGGGUUGAUUCGUUGGAACACGUUUUAUAAUACAUUUAAUAAACAAGCUCAAUUUGUUAGAACAUACUCUAAUACUUUAGAAAAAUCUACAGAGUUAGAUAUUGUAGAAUCAAAACCAACUUCUAAUAUCACAUUAAGAGAUUAUCAACAACAUGCAAUAGAUUCAUGUUUAGACUCUAUUUCUAACGGUACCAAUCGAAUAGCUGUUUCCUUAGCUACAGGUGGUGGAAAGACUGUUAUAUUUUCCAAUUUGAUUCAUCAAAUAAAUAAUAAUUCUUCAAACUCACAAUUUUUUAAGGCAUUAAUUCUAGUUCAUAGAAGAGAAUUGGCUUUACAAGCUUUAAGACAUUUGAAAAAAACAUUACCCGAAAAAAGCAUUCAAUUAGAAUUAGGUAAAUACAUUUGUAAUCCACAAGAAGCUGAUAUUGUCAUUGCCUCUAUUCAAUCAUUAACUAGACGAUUGGAUAAAUAUAGUCCCACCAUAGACACAAUCCCAUCAAGAGAUAAUUUUGAUCUAAUUAUUAUUGAUGAAGCUCAUCAUUCAGUAGCUGAUUCUUAUUUAAAGAUAUUAAACUAUUUAAACCCUUUGAAAUUAAUUCCCAUCAUUGGGUUUAGUGCCACUUUUGAAAGAAUGGAUAAAAAGGGUCUUUCAUUAAAUUUCGAUAAAGUCGUUUAUCAUAAAGGAUUAUUAGAAAUGAUAGAUGAUAAUUGGUUAUGUGACGUCAAAUACACCUCUGUUAAUAUUGAUCAAUUACAAUUAAAUUCAAUAGAGACUAAUUCAUCUACUGACCAAGAUUUUAACGUCGAACAAUUAUCCAAGAUUAUUAAUACGCCACAAAUCAAUCAAAUCAUUUUAAAGACUUAUAAAUUUAAACAAAAAUCUCAUGAUUUGAAAUCCACCUUGAUCUUCGCCACAGAUAUUAAUCAUGUAUUAGAAUUACAUAAAUUGUUUCAAAAUAACGAUUUCAUCUCUAAUUAUGUCACUGGUAAGACUCCCUUGCAAUUAAGAGAUUCCAUCAUUCAAGAUUUCAAACAAGGUAAAAUCAAUAUCCUGAUCAAUUGUGGCAUUUUCACAGAAGGUACAGAUAUCCCAAAUAUUGAUAGUAUAUUAUUAUGUAGACCAACCAAAUCAAGGUCAUUAUUAGUUCAAAUGAUUGGAAGAGGAUUAAGAUUACAUACAAAUAAAGACUUCUGUCAUAUAAUUGAUUUCAUUAAUACAUCAAACGUAGGGGUUAUUUCUUUACCAUUAUUAGUUGGUAUAAAUGUCGACACUGAAUAUUUAAGUAAUCAAUUGGAUGAUGUUACUUUAAAUGAAUUGAAAACAAUUAAAGAAAAUUAUGAAUUACAAAAAUUGGAACAAUCCUUACAGUUAGAAAAAAUUAAUCAACUAGAAAAUGGAAGAAUUAAUACUUUUAUUGAAAAUACAGAUGCAUUUAAUUUGACUUUAGUUGAUUAUGAAUCAUUGAGAGAUUUCUCAAAUAAUAGCAAAUCUUCAGAUAAUUCGAACUUAGAAGAUGAAUAUAUUGUUAAAUCAAGUUUACCUUGGGUUAAAUUUCAAAAAAAUGGCUGGGGACUAUCAUUAGGUAAGACUCACCACUUAAGAAUAUAUAAAGAUUUGAAAUCAAAAGAAUAUGAAUUGAAAAUGUAUAAUGAUUUGCAAUCCUUUUUAGAUGAAAGAGAUAUAUAUUAUUCUACUAAAGUUAAAUUCCAGGCAAGAUCCAUUAAGCGUUCAACAAACUUAAUUGAGUUGAUUCAAAAAGUAAGUCAAAUUAUAGAAAAUUUAUCAAAAGUGAAAGAUAAAUAUAAUGACUCCAUUAUUAUAAGAAGAAAUUUGACAAAAUUUGCACAAUGGAGAUUUUGUGAUGCUUCUUUAAAACAAAAAAGCUUUAUCCAAUAUAAAUUAAUUAAAGUUUUUAAUUCAAAACAAAAUAAAAAUUACAACUUAACGAUUGAUGACAUAAAGAGUUAUAUAAAAGAACUCAAGAAAGGUGAUGCUUCAAAUAUUAUAUUUGCAACCUCAUUAGCUCCUAUAUUUCCCAUUACUUCUUUAUUAUCUGCGAUAGCCUAUAAGAAAAGAUACAAGAAUAAAUUGUAA